AUGCCCCGACAUACACUGGGCCGGGCCUGGUCCAAGGGGUCGCCGACAUCGUCUGCCAGUUCCGCUUCGACCCGCAGUAACGACUCCGGCCAUUCCGGUCACACCCAAUAUACCAACCUUACCUCAUACAGCGACACAAAACCCAUAGUCACACAUUCUCACAAUUGUGAUGAUGAGAUGGUUGUCGGGCCUUGCAACUGCAGAGAUGAGCAAGACGUCGAUCCCCGAGCGUCCAGCGAGACCUAUGCUUCCUCCGUCGCCUCACAGGAAGCUGAUUCGAAACCGACGACCCUCUGUCCACCGACAAGGCGGCUAUGUUAUAAAUCCGACGCCGUUGGUACCACGCCUGCCGAGUUUGCAGAGCUUUUCCCAUCUACCAGACGACUUCUUAUCCAACACGACGACAGCACCCCCGACGGCAAUCUGAAUGUUCGGGUUGACACCGAGCUGCUUCUCUCCAAGGGUCGAAAGCUGAAGUUGACGCUCUUCCACCUGCGCAUGUGCGACCUCGGUGAGCGUCAAUUCUCACUCCGUCGAUAUCAUCGGCAGUCGGGUCGGGAAGUCUGCAACUCAAAGCGAAAAUAUCUGAAGCCUGCUGCCAAGCCAUCGCGGCCAGGCAAGAAGCUAGGUGGUGCUCUGAACAUUGUCAGUCUCAAGACAGUGGGCGUGAAAGGGAGACCCACCAAGAUCUCUCACGAACAUCAAGAAGAUGACUCCGACGACGAUCUUGAUCUCUUCACCGCUCAGGUCGGUGUGGAGGCCACCAUCCCCACCGAUACUAUCAGGAUCGAGUUCGCAAAUUACGCGCAGGUGGAGCUCCAGCGGUCCUGUGGAGAAGAGGGGGAGUCAUACGAUUUCGAGUAUUGGGGAGAGAAAUAUACCUGGAGACGAAAUGUAUUCGAAGAUGAAUCCGAAUCGGUCUUCACAUUCGAAUUGGUCAACUUAACCACUGGCGCUUGCCUGGCUCAUAUCACUCCCGACAGGUUAUCACCGAGGCAGAGUAGGCAUGAAGCUACUCAAGGGACUUGGGUGCCGCCGUGUAGCAUGCGAAUCAAGGAGAGGAACAUCUCGAGUGACCUGGGCGAUGUCAUUGUCGCAACGGGACUGAUCGCGCUCACCGACGAUUGUAUCCGACGAACCUGGCCUGAGACUCACCGCAACUAA